AUGCAGGUCAACAUGACUUUCUGGCUGAGCUGGGCACUGUGGCAGAAGCUGAGCUUUGUGUUGGGAACCCUGAUUAUCAUCACGCUCUUCGCUGGAUUCUGUGUCCUGGCUUACAACCGAUGGAAUUUACGCCGACACGCUGCAGCUGAGGCCACUGCAAAGGAGAACGUACUGCUGCUCCCCAUGCUCCACAAAGACGAAAUCCCGUUCGGGGCCAGAGCACUGGAGAGUGGCAUGCACACCGAGGGGAUCUGGAUUUCGAACCUCAAUACCCCUGUCCCGAGCCCAUACUUGCCGGGAACGCCCGUUGUAAGCCUGCCAUCGAGCCCGGCACUGAAGCCAUCCACCCACGGACCCGUGAGUCUAGCGCCUGAGAAACCGACCAACAGCCCGAUGGGGUCUCCAUUGCCCGGGCCGCCGUCCAUCUCGACCAGCCGCAUCAGUUCUGAGCUGGAACUCCCGCCCAAUUACAGUAGCCAGCCUCAAUUGCGAGGCGUGGACCAUACCCCCGGCGACAUUUACGGCAAUCAGCCAUUCAUGGACAAUGCCCCUCAGCCACAGCACGGCAUCUUGAGAGGCCGCGAGAAGCGUGCCAGCUUCCAUGCGCGCAUAUUCGGACAAAGCCGCAUUCCCAUCGUUCCAACGACCAAGGAGAAUAUUCUCGGUAUCCCGAACGAGUCUGACCUGAGCUUAGCUGCGGUCGGCGCUGAUGCACACCUUCCCACUCACCACAGCCAAAGUUCCCGGAUGAAGCGCCUUCGUCGACGAUCGUCCGAGGAGUUCAGGCGUAAGAUGAGCCAGAUCUUCAACGAGAACAUCCACAUGAACACGCCGGGGCCGCUGCCAAUUCACGACCCGAUGAUGUCGCAAGACAACAGACGGAGCAUGCGAAAGUCGAUUCUUGGGCCAUUUCGAUCGUGA